CCAGCUCCGUAAUUCUCGCUUCAUCCCUCAAAUCGAGGAACCCGGUCUUAAAGAUGCCAUACGUUGAGCAUGGGUCCAUACGCCUGUUCUACACUUCACACGGCGCUCUUCCCGAUGCCCCAUGCAUAGUCCUUCUCCAUGGCUGGGCUUGCGACGCGCACGAUUGGAGCCAUCAAAUCACAUUGCUGACAGGCCUUGGGUUUCGUGUGGUCGCGCUGGAUCUUCGUGGACAUGGACGAUCGAGUGCUCCAGCGUCAAUUAGCGACUAUUCAAUGAAGGCGUUCGCAGAAGACGUCUUUGUCCUGCUGCACAAUCUCCAAAUCGGGCCCGCAAUCAUAAUGGCGCACUCGAUGAGCACGAUCAUUGCCUCUAUCCUUGCAGUCGAGCACCAAGACAUCGUUGAGGCGCUGAUUCUUGUGCAUCCUAUCUACUGCGGCACACCACCUACUCUAGCGACAAUGAGCGAAAGAAUGUGUCGAGAACCAGACUUCGAGCCGUAUUUGGUGGCUGAGUUCUUCGAGAGACACAUGUAUACAGCGCAAACGCCAGGGUGGCUGAAGACAUGGCAUACCAGGCGUAUACUUGGAACAGAUGGAGUUGCGCUUGCAGGGUGUGGUCAAGCAAUUGUGGAUCUGUUUGAAAGUGUUGUAGGCCAGACUGAUACCGCGAAAGCUUUCAUGAGGAAGAGAGCAGCACCAAGAUUCGUGAUCACUACAAACACUUUGCCGGCUGCCGCGGCGUGGGAAGCUGAAUUAGGUCUGGAGGGUCUGGACGAAUGCCACACAAUGAACGAAGGAACCUUUAGCCACUUUGUCGACAGCGAGAGGUUCAAUGACAUGCUGAAGGCCUGGUUGGUGAGAGGAAGAUUCACAGCGGAUAGGCGGGCCAACGGUGAUAGGGCGUUCUGAUCACAUCUUCAACUCUCGAGGGCAAUGGUAGUUCAUUUUCCAGGCCCAAUGGGCUCACCACUGUCUAUGAUGUGUUUCCACAUGUGGCAACUCCGAAAUAUGGAGGCGCACUUCUUCCCGCG